UCUACUAUCUAUUUGGGUAACAAGUGGUUGGGCCAUAUAGAAGUCCAAAAUCACUUACCUGAACGAACCGGAUCGGUUGAUCCCGAAAUCACGCGAUCUCCUUCAACUUCUCCAACUACUGCAUUCUCUUGAAUGGCCGUGGACAACCGCCGCACUGCAAUGUCUUCCCGUCCGUCGCCUCGCCCGGAGCUGGCGAUCUCUGAUCUGGCCGUGAGACGUGAGGAACCGCGACCUCUGGCCGUCCGGCGAGCCGCGAACAACCCACCCGCAACCGCACAUGUAUUAUCUAUCGUGUUGAUCAAUACUCCUAUACUAGUCGGCACUCUGUAUCCGAUCCAACACCAGGGCAAGGCCUCCACUUUUCCAUUUUUAUUUGUAAGUUUUGUCUGCCAACACUGUGAUAUUCUUCCUUAUGUAUCACUUUUUUUCUGUAGCAAUAUUAGGGAGUAAGCUAUUGUUUUUAUUUAUAAAUAAGAAUUGCAUUCUUCAUAAUAAAAUAUAUCAAGUCUGAUCUGCAGAACUGAAUAGGCGACAAAUUUUUCUAUCAUUGUCUCAAUAGUAACUUAUGUUGAAACCGGUGUAUUCCACUCUAGUACCAUGCCAUCAUGUGUACAGAUCAAAAUAUGCAUGAUCACAAAGGACUGCUACCAUAAAUAUGUCCGCAAUAAAGUAUGGCAUUUUCUGUUCUUGUUUCAUUUUGUACAAAAAAAAUCAUUGGAAAAGCUUGACAUCACAAGGUUUUCAUCCUGGCCCCGCCACUGCUAUCAUUAACAAACAUUGGUGCAGACAUAAAUAAAUUGAAGGAUCAUGUAGAGUUGUUGUCCGCUUCCAUGUUAAUCUUUCCUAUUUUGAAUCGUGAACCUUGUACAGAUGCGUCUUAACAUAUCUAUUUUUAUUAUCUACUAAAAGAAAAAUACACACCUAAAAAAGGAAAAUACAGGUCAAAUAUAGAGAAAUAUUCUAGAAAUUCCCACAUUAAUCAGAAACAUCCGACUCUUAAUGUGACAGAUCAAUUAAAUAUAACCGUUAGAUCUAUAAUUACUUUUAAGCUUGGUGGACCCAUAUUUUUAGCACGUUUUUUUUUUUGCAGUAUUUUUAGCACGUGGUGAUUCAUCAGAGAUGUGAACUGUGGAAAGUUUAUUUAAAAAAGACAAUGUACCCUAGAUAAUACCCUUGGUCUCCGUACCAGAACCAAAGACGAACUCCAGGUUUUCUUUAGACUAACUCCACGUCAAAGCUUAUGACCGCUUACUUUAUGGGCCAUGGCGUUUUUUCAUUUGUUUAUGCAAGACGUGAUGGGGUGGGUAACUUGAUGUAAAAAGAAAGUUAAACAAUUUUGGGCAUGGGGAACCCUGCCAGCUGCGUCACUGCACCGCCCUAUGAUGGCCCGCCUGGCCUCCUGCCAGGCCUACCGCGGUGACACCCUGCAUGCAUACUGUUUCCAAAAGCCUAGGGCCUGCCCUGUAUGUCUCAGUGCUUAAUUAACCUGACACCGCAUGUGGUCUGCUGCUGGCUAUGACACUGCACGAAUCUUCAGAUCGAGGAACGGCUUGGAUAAGGGGGUGUCGGGGAACCCGGGUGCCAUCGCACCUUUUCGAAGGGCCAAAAGCCGGCGCUGCUGAAACAGGCCAUGGCCUUCGUCGUCGAUCAACUCGGCCCCGCCGAUCGCCUCUCCGUCGUGUCCUUCUCGGGUCGGGCGGCCCGCUUGACCUGCCUCGCGCGCAUGUCGGACGCGGGCAAGGCCUCGGCGAAGCUCGCGGUGGACUCCCUUGUUGUUGAGUCGGGCACCAACAUCGGCGAGGGCCUCCGUGUGGGCGCCCAGGUGCUCGUCGGCCGCCGGCACAAGAACUCCGUCGCCAGCAUGAUCCUUCUCUCCGACGGCCAGGACUCGCGCCUCAGGGCAAAGAGGUACAUGGACCUUGUGCCGCCUUUGUUCGUGCUCGCUGGUAGCCGGCCCGGGCCGAUCCACACGUUCGGCUUCGGCGCCAACCACGACGUCGCGGCAUUGCACACCAUCGCGCAGGCCACGGGCGGCACCUUCUCCUUCGUCGGGAACCAGGCGGCGAUCCAGGACUCGUUCGCGCAGUGCAUCGGCGGGCUCCUGUCGGUCGCCGUGCAGGAGGCGCGCAUCGCCGUCACGUGCCUGCACCGAGGCGUGCACGUCCAGGAAGUCAAGUCGGGCUGCUACGGCAACCACGUGGACGCCGAGGGCCGCGCCGCCUCCAUCGACGUCGGAGAGCUCUACGAGGACGAGGAGAGGCGCUUCUUGGUGCUGGUGUACGUGUCGAGAGCCCGACCUGCGGAGUCGGUCACCCGCCUGAUCAAGGUGACCUGCGGCUACAAGGACGCCGCGACAGGGCAGGCCGCAAACGCCGCCGCACCCGCGGCGGUGAUCCAGAGGCCGCUGGAGCUGACCGACAUGUCGCCUCCGUGCAUGGAGGUGGAGCGGGAGCGCGUCCGCCUUGCCACGGCCCAAGACAUCGCGGCCGCACGGGAGGCAGCUGAAGGAGGGCAACACGCCGGCGCGGCGCGGAUACUGGACUCCCGGCUAAAGGCGGUGGAGCGGUCGGCGCCUGGGAUGGCGUGUUAGCAACCCUCCA